AUGAGCCUCACCAAGGUCCUGGUGACAGGCGGGACAGGAUUCCUCGGUUCAGAGAUCGUGAAAGCAUUGCUAGAGGAGAAGACUUUCGAGGUUACCGUCGUCGACAUCAACCCUCCCUCCCUCGGAACCGGAAGCUUCUCUACCGUGCGCUAUGUCCGCGCCAAUAUAAUGUCUCCCUCAGACCUCCAUGAAGUGUUCCAAGAAGCGAAGCCCGCUUUCGUGAUCCAUACGGUCGGCGUGUACCCCCUAGGGCCUAAGAGGUAUAAACGAGAAGGCUCGGAUCCAGUUUUUGCCAUCAAUGUAGAGGGAACGCGGAACAUCGUCGAGGCCAGUAAAGAGUGUGGGGCUAGAGGGUUGGUUUUCACGAGUAGCGUGACGGUGCUGUUCGAUGAGAUGGGGAUGGACUUCAGGAACGCGGAUGAGACGUGGCCGACUGGGAGACUACAGACCGCGUACGGCGAGAGCAAAGCCGAAGCAGAGAAGCUAGUCCUAUCAGCAAACACAUCGGACUUCAAAACCUGUGCUCUCCGCGCCGCCCCUAUCCUUGGACCCAACGACGUAGCAACAACCGCGGCUCUCUACAGAUGCAUCAACAGAGGCGAAACCCCAUUCAUCAUCGGAGACGGCACGAACUUAUUCGACUUCGUGUACGUUUCCAACGUCGCCGAUGCCCAUGUGCUGGCCGUCCAGAAUCUCUUCAUGUCGGGCGCUGCGGCUGGUGAGGCUUUCUUCAUCACGAAUGGCGAGCCUGUCGUUUUCAGGGACUUCUGUCUUGCGGUGUGGAAGGAGUUCGAUCAUUAUCCGCCUUUCCAGAUUACGAUCCCCACGAGACUGGGGUGGUGGUUGGGAUGGGGUGUGGAGUGGGCGUCGUGGCUCACUGGCAGGGAGGGAACGUUCUGUAGGGGUGCGAUACUCGACGCUACGGAUACCCGUUAUGUGAGCAUCUCGAAGGCAAGAAGGAUCCUUAGGUAUGAGCCGAAGGUGAAGCUCUCUGAAGCGGUGAGGAUCAGCUGUCAGCAUUUCAAGGAACAGCUCAAGGCCCAGGCCAAGAGAUAG